CAACCACAACACACAAUGUCGGGACAGCAGCCCCGCCCAGACGGCAAGAAGCGCAAGCGCGUGUCCAAGGCGGACUCGGAGGUCGCCGCGCCCGUGGCCGCCGGGCCAGAGGUGCAGUCGGACGCCGAGGAGUCGGGCGACGCCGCCGCCGCCGCCUCGUCGUCAAAGGUCACCCUCGACGCGCCCAACAGCUACGAGCGCGUGCCGUUCAACACGCUCCCGCUCUCGCCUGCGACGCUCAACUCGAUCCAGCGCAUGGGCUUCGAGACCAUGACCGAGGUGCAGGCGCGCACCAUCCCCCCUCUCCUGGCCGGCAAGGACGUGCUCGGUGCCGCGAGGACAGGCUCGGGCAAGACCAUGGCCUUCCUUGUGCCUGCCGUCGAGCUCCUGCACACGCUCCGCUUCAAGCCCGCCAACGGUACCGGCGUCAUCAUCAUCUCGCCCACGCGUGAGCUCGCCCUCCAGAUCCUCGGCGUCGUCAAGGACCUCAUGCAGGGCCACUCGCAGACCUUUGGCAUCGUCAUGGGCGGCGCCAACCGCAAGGCCGAGGCCGACAAGCUUGUCAAGGGCGUCAACCUCCUUGUGGCCACCCCCGGUCGUCUGCUCGACCACCUCCAGAACACCAAGGGCUUCGUGUUCAAGAACCUCAAGGCCCUGGUCAUCGACGAGGCCGACCGUAUCCUCGAGGUCGGUUUCGAGGAGGAGAUGAAGCAGAUUGUCAAGAUCCUCCCCAACGACAACCGCCAGUCAAUGCUCUUCUCGGCUACCCAGACGACAAAGGUCACUGACUUGGCCCGCAUCUCGCUCCGCUCUGGUCCUCUGUACAUCAACGUCGACGACAAGAAGGACACGUCUACGGCCGAGUUCCUCGAGCAGGGCUACGUUGUAUGCGAGUCGGACAAGCGCUUCAUGCUGCUGUUCACCUUCCUGAAGCGUAACCUCAAGAAGAAGGUUAUUGUCUUCUUCUCGAGCUGUAACUCGGUCAAGUACCACGCCGAGCUGCUCAACUACAUCGACGUCCCUGUCCUGGACCUUCAUGGCAAGCAGAAGCAGCAGAAGCGCACCAACACUUUCUUCGAGUUCUGCAACGCUCCCUCAGGUAUCCUGCUCUGCACGGACGUUGCCGCCCGUGGCCUCGACAUUCCCAAGGUCGACUGGAUCAUCCAGUUCGACCCUCCUGAUGACCCGCGCGACUACAUCCACCGUGUCGGCCGUACCGCGCGUGCCGGCAAGGCGGGCAAGUCGCUCCUCUUCCUCCUCCCGUCUGAGCUCGGCUUCCUCCGCUUCCUCAAGGUCGCAAAGGUGCCGCUCAAUGAGUACAAGUUCCCGCAGAACAAGAUUGCCGACGUGCAGCGCCAGCUCGAGUCGCUCAUCUCCAAAAAUCACUACCUCAACGUUUCGGCCCGCGACGGCUACAGGUCGUACCUGCAGGCGUAUGCUUCCUACUCGCUCAAGAAGAUCUUCGACGUCAACAAGCUGGACCUGGCCAAGGUCGGCAAGGCGUUCGGCUUCGCCAUCCCGCCAAAGGUCAACAUCAGCGUCGGCUCCAUCAAGGCCAAGAAGACGGUCGACAGCGAUAGCGACGACGACGGUGUGCGCGCCAACAAGGCCUUCAAGGCCGGCGGCGACGACGGCGAGGUCAAGAAGGCGUACUACCGCAACCGGGGGCACAAGAAGGGCGGACGGGCUUAGAGCGUUGGGUUUGGUAGAUUUGUUUGUACUUUGCAUGCCAUCUGGUUAUUAGUGAA